AGCGCGAAGCGUGACACUAACGUUCGGUACCCGCUAAAUUUUCGAGCGGCAUUGUGAUGUGAUUUAAAUGUUAAAUUGACAUAAGGAUCGUUGAAAAACAAAGUGGAACAUGGAAGAAUUUCCAUUGGGGUACAGAGAAAUCGUGCCCGACCAAACACUGCCAGAGAAAUGGAACGAAAUCACUUUGAACACGGGAGGAAGUCAGAGUACGUUGGAAGACAUAAAAGUGCCAGAAAGAACCGGUGGAUACUCCUACAAGGAUAGCUCGAAGUAUUUCACACGCAAUCGCUUCAUUUACUGGCGCAUCUCCCAUGAUGUGCUUGAAUUAGUCGAGCACAGCUUGGACAUCGAUUUAGCCAAUUGUAGAGUAAGAUACAAGUUCACAGACACGCCAAUUUUGGAUGGGAUUUCUAUCCACGAAACGGCCAAUUCUGUCAUCGUAUUGAUAGUGACGGUGUCUAGCAUUCAUAAGUUAUCGUUUCCUCAUCCUGAAAGAAUUUACAAAAAUGAAUAUUCGAUAUUCAAUGAUGCGUCAGCGCAGAAUAAGAAGAAAACAAAAGAAGAAUCUCACAUGUUUCAUGUAAUCACAAGUGCAGGAACUACGAACUCUCCAAUGCCCCACGCAGCUGCAUCGUGGUUCAUCUCACCGCAGGAAGCACUGUUCGCUCUUGCUUACAACUCAGGAACCAUACUUCUCUUGAGAUUAGACGUCAAGACCAGUCUGGUGCACACCAGUGAAUUAAAGCAAGACUCGAUUGUGCCAAGGUUCCUCAGUGGGAUAGCGACUGCUUUCAGAGGCCGCAAUUCUGAAGCUCACGUAGCCAUGUCCAUGGUGAUACACAGUUGUGGGAACGAUACGUAUCUGUUUGCCUUCUGUAGAGAAGGCAACAUUCGCAUGUGGUCCUGCAACAGAGCUCAAUGUAUCGCUGUGACUGAUGCAGCUAUCGACAAUCGUAUAGCAUCUCAGGGUGCACAAGGCCACGUGUUGAGAAAAGCAGUAGGACCUGAUAACGAAUUGUAUUUGGGGACGUUUUUAAAGUUCAAUACCAGAUGCGAGUUCACCAUUUUGAAACCAGAACAAGAUAAUGGAAUAUUUAAGUUUGCUAGGUUAUGUACAAGAUUUGCACCAGAUCAACAUUUGGUUGACUUUUCCUUCACAACUACUCGAUUGUGGGCAGUAUGGAGGACCACCGAUAUGGACACCGUAGAAGUAACCCAUGCACAACUAUCCUUGAGUGGAGGACGGGUGAAUUCCGAAUGGGAAACAACGGUUCUGGAACAAACACCAGACAGAGAUUACAUCCUCAGCGAUCCUGACACCAACCCAAGACGAGCAUACAUCAACUACAUUUUCCAUCCGGGCCAGUUUUCAUUAGCCGACAUCACUAAGGCAUUGAAUAUUUACAGCAGACCCAAGAAAAAUGCCCACAGAAAAUGUAGAAAGGACAAAAGUCUCUCUGCAACUGAAUUAAAAGAACGCGUGUGCUUGGCAGUGGAAGCUGAAAUACAAGCUGAAGUAAUGAAUUACGAGCUGAUGGAUGAAGAUUACUUGGAAAUUGCCAAUCGCUGCUGGUCAAAGUUUUAUUCCUGCGUAAUACAGUAUCAUGCCAACAGUACCAGACCCGUAGGCUUAUUGUUACUGCCAAGUGUCUACGGAGUGGUUCUAUUAAAGAAAUCAUCAUUCUCGCUUUUGAGACCGAUGGAGGCUUUGGAGUAUUUAAUGUUCUGCAAUGAGAAGUCCUACAUGUCUCGAUUCAAAACUACCCCUGUUCUGUCCCAAGACGAAGACAUUUGCCAAGAUCUCAUCACGCUGAUGUCAGUGUUAGUGUUACUGGAGGAACAGUUAUCAGAGGAAACGAAAAGUACGAUAAAGAAAGAGUUGUACAAUUUAAAGAGUCCAGAUAUCAUAAUAGAGGAACUGCUGUCGAAGUUGAUGUUGGAGUCGGAGGAGCCUAUUAGCAACUUUGUCACCAAUCACUCUAGUUGUCACAAAUUGUCAAACAUUAGGGACGUGUCCAGUGCCAUGGCAAUGCUGUUGGAAGCGCUGACCUAUGACCUGGGUCAGCCGAACAAGUUGCGACUCAACGAAAACCAUGAUGCUUCGAAGAUGUUGCUCAACAUCAAACACUUCUUCGGUAGCCAGCUGGGAAUCUCUGCGAUAUCAAAAAGCGUGGCUCAGAUAACACAAUUGAGGUUUUCGAUCUGCAGGAACCUGUUAAUUCUCCAACAAAUGAUACUCCUGCGACCAGAGUUGUUCGAUUCGAGGUCGUUACAUUCCAUAAAAUCGUCUUUGGCGCCUAGAACUGUGGUGCUAACGCAAGCUUAUUACGUUGUAACGUGGAUAUGCGAGUCCACUGUGUUGCCAACGCCUGCCCAAUCACUACUAGACUCCAGUAUUCAACGCCUGACGUUGCUGAACCUCGUUGAUUCGAGAACAACCCUGGGACUCAGGCAACAUCGACCUGUAUCGUCGUUAGAAUUGUUUAUACAGUCUAACGGAGCCAAGCAUGCUCAUAAUUUGAUGGUCCACACGAAUCUGGACGCGACUACCUUGAUACCUUGGCAUUAUGGAAUGCUGACACAUGUCACCCUCAUCGCACAACUUAUAUGGCCAAGGUCUGGCAACUUUAUUUUUCCAGAAUGGCUGUUAUCCAGUUGCCAAUUCUUGGUCGUACAAGAGUACGUGCGACUUUUAAACACAUGGUGCGAAUGGAACAGUGCAUCGAGGAAAUUUAUUUUAGCAGUUGCACUAUUAGUAAUGGGUGAAGCACAAAAAGCUUGUGAUCAUUUCCUCAGAGCUUCCGGAGGGAUCUUGACCGACCCAUUUCUAAUUGAUACUUUACUCAAGUCCAACGCACCAUCUGAUAGCAAUCCAUUGAUUCAGUAUUAUCUGAAAGUCAUCAAGCUCUUCGAAGAAUACAAUGCUGCUGAUUGUAUCAUAGAACUCGCUGAGACAGCUAUAUUGAUGGCUGACAAGAAUGAUCCAAAUUUACCCACUCUUCAUUCGAUAGUGUUUACGCAACACUUGAACCUAGGUCACCACACUAAAGCGUACAACUGUCUGAACUCUAAUCCUGAUGCUGCGCGUAGAGUGGAUUGCUUGAGACAGUUAGUAGUGACCCUGUUCGAAAGGAAGAAGCUGAUAGACUUGAUUUUAUUCCCUUAUGUUGACAUGUACGAAGACCUUGAGAGAAUAGUAGAGGGCAGAGCUAGGAGCAUGGAUCUCACUGGGAACAAUUACUAUAAUUUCUUGUACAGUUUUCACAUAAAUAAAGGAAACAUGCGUAAAGCUGCUUCUGUGAUGUACGAGCAAGCUAUGCGUCUCAGCCAGGAAUUGCAAUCUCUUCCCAUCGUGUUAAGACAAGCUCACUGUUUGUUAGCAUGUAUCAAUGCUCUGUACCUUGUGUCGGACAAGUACAGGUGGAUCGUCAGACCUGUCAUCGAUGAAAACUGUCCAGAGGACCUGUGUUAUCAUGAUCCGCAGAUAAGAAGCCUCUGCAAAAUAAAGAAACAGGUGGAAGUUCUUGAAUUGCGCGACAUUAAGAAGGAAUACUACGUGGUGGACGCUAGAUUGAAGAUAUCGAAGAUAAAUUCGGAAUUACACGUGAUCGCGCACGCUGGCCCCUCAGAGCUUAUCAUUAUCUCGUCAACCAUUGGUUUAUACACGACAGCGUUGCAUCUGUGCGACCAGUUCAACAUCAACAAAAGCUCUGUGCUUGAGAGUCUCACUUCGCAGUGUGUAAGGUUAAGUCGAAGGGAAGACCGUAAUGCUUGGGACUGGCUCAUCCAAAACGACAUAUUCGAUAUUGGAUUGUUCAAUACGAAUAUCAGUAAUACCGCUUGGAGACUGCUGGAGUAUUUAACGUUGAAACACGAGAAAGAGAACGCUAGCGAACUGCACAAAGCGGUCGCCAGAAAAUUGCUUCAGGAGGGAGCGUUCAUACCUCAGUGGUUAUUAAUGUCAUACAAAAAAAGAAAUGCAGCAGAGCUGCUCCGUCUCAUGCUGAACACUGGCAGGAUAUUAGAAGCUGGCGAUUUGGCAGUCGAAUACAUCAAUGCAGUCUUAGGUGAUGGCAAAGAGCAUUUCGGUCUAGAAUCAUGUUUGACAUCCGUUGCCCCAGCAGUUUGGCUACCAUUCAAUACGCUGGAAGUACUUUUGUAUGAACUGAAUGAAGCCAGCGCAAACAAUAACAUUUUUACUGAGAGCUAUAAAAAGUUGCAAGAAGCACUGGACGUCUACAUGCAGAAAGUAAUGAGGGUAUCGGAGGACAUGAUUAAGAUAAAAUCAAAUAAGAAGCGCUAGCUAAUCGAGGACUCUAGGCAUCUACAAAUUCCACUCCGGGUGUAACCCAGUCUCCUACGAUGUACAUAUUGCAUAUACCACUCCUGCGUGCUCAAAAUUUUUGAUACAAAUUCAACGAGAGAAAGUAGAUUUGAUUUUAUAUAAUUGUUAUCGAAUGGAAAUGUUUCGGACAUACAGUUGAAAGACAACUAUAUUAUUUAUACAAUGAUUUACAAGUGCCAACAGCGAUUAAUCUUAUCUUGCGUAGAAUAUUUCCAGGAACUUAAUUCUGUCGCUCAGUUUUAGUGAGUUACUUUUGUAAUGUUUUCAUAUUUAUAAUUAUUUGUUUCUUUACCCUUUUUGUUGUCUGUCUAUUACGCCGACUUUCAUUUUCCUUUUUUAAUUCGUUGCCAUGUUCUACAGUUUUACUGAAUUAAGAAGACGAUACAAGUUUACGAUAAUUAUUGUCUAUCCGUAAAAUAAAAUGUUUGGGUAUGAUUCUUAUAAGAAUGUAUUCUACGCAUCGAUUACAAUGUACUUGGGAUUUUUAUAAACUGGUGUUUCCAUCUAUUCGCAGUAACCAAAUCUAAAUUCUAUGUUCGAUGAUGAAAAUUUAAUGAGAAUUAUUAUUCCCAUGCAUCGUAAACACUAGUUUAUAAUAUAUAGAUAUAUGGUAUAUACUGUAUAUGCUCAUAUGUAAGUUAAAAUUAAAUUGUACAUAUGCUAAAGAGCCUUAAGGAUUUGUUAUGAAUUAUAUUGUUAACAAUUAAGUUAGUUUAACUUACAAAUGAGUACGUACAGUGAAAUGCUCUUACGAUACUUACCCCAUAUCAUGAACAUUAUUGCAUACCAAUUACUUGUCUAGGAGUUUCAGUAUAUGUAUUAUAAUUUUACAUUUUAGCUUUAUUUGAAUUUAUAAGAACUACAAAAGUGAACUUCGCUAUAAUUCUUUUCAUUGUGUUUGCAGAUCAAAAUAAACGAAUUGAAGAGUU